GCAUACGCGCACAAAUAAAUAUUCACAUUCAUGGCUUAUUACAUGACGCUUCGUAAAAUCGGGCUGCAAAAACCGAAAAGAUUGCCGGCGAGAAAUAUUUCAUGAUUCACAUGUUCACAAUAGCAAUAAGUCAAUAACCCAACGAUGUUUUGUCCACAUUGUGGAAAAGAAAAGGAUGAAAAUGCAAAUUUUUGCGAGAACUGUGGUGCAAGUGUAUCAGAAAUUAAACCUUCGGCCUCUAGUCAACAACCGUUAACUUUCGAAGAGUACAUAAAGAAGAACGCAGUCGCCAAUCCUUGCACUGAUCGUGGCGAUCAACUAGGAAAUUCCCACCGCGCUGGUAGUUCGUCUACCUUUCAAACUAUUAGAAAAAGGAAGUCAAAUGAACGAUUUAGUCAAAUAAAAAAAAAGGAGAAGAAAGAUGAAGUAGUGAAGAUAAAGAUUGGAAUAAUUGAACUCGACGGUAAAAGACUUAAAAUAAGAAGAUCUUCUUUACUUCCUGUUGAUGUUCGAAAAUCAGAUACAUUAGUUCCUGUAAAGAAUGCCGGAGUUCAGAAACAGCUUGCCCACAACAGACAUCUCAGAGAUCAUAAUGAAACUGAGUGGCUUUUACUUUACCCUGAUAUGGAUAUCGUGGGAAAUAUUCCAGGAAGCAGUGAAAAAUUCUCUGUGGAAAAAUGUAUAAAUGAACUUGGACGUCAUACAGUCGAGUAAAUUUGUACAUUUGCAAAAUGCUUGAUUUUGAAGUAGCCAAUGAUUUGACUGAAGACCUCAAGGAAACGGUUGUUCCAGAUACUGCUGAUGUUUUUGAAGAUAAUUCUGUGCAAGAAAAUUCUUCACAAAUUAUAUGUGAACUGGGAAAUUCUCAACAAGUCAAUGCAACACCAGAUAAUUUUGUGGAAGUUAAUCAUGCUCAUACCAAUGCUGUUCCAGCUAGUCUUGCAAAAGCUAGUCUAGUGGAGGCCAGCCAUGUUCAAACAAAUCCUGUUCCAAGCAAUGUUGUUAAUGUUGAUAAUAGUUGUGUGGAAGCUGUUUCCUUUCAGGUUGAUUCAUUUUCAGUUGAGCAAAUCAUUAUGGAACCAGGUGAAA